GAUAAUCGAUCUGGAAAACUCGUACUGAGGAAAGCUGUGGACUAUGAGAAGAUUCAACGGUUUGACGUCGAAAUUGAAGCUUGUGAUCAUGGAGCGCCGAUUUUAUGUUCUACACUGGAUAUUCCCAUAAUUGUUAAGGAUGUAAAUGACAACUCGCCCGAGUUCCACUGCUCAACAUUUUAUGCUGCACUGCCUCUGAAUUCACCCCCGGGUACUCUAGUCACUACAGUGACAGCGGUAGAUCGCGAUUCUGGUGUAGCAGGACGGGUCUAUUAUGCCUUACUGGACGCAAUCACUGGCUUUACUAUUGAUAGAUCAACAGGGGAGAUAAGGACUACGGAAAGUUUGAAGGACAAAGUAUAUAAAAUUCGUAUUGGAGCAAUGGACGGCAACGGCGUUAUGUCUACCAACAAUGCUACCGUAACACUCUACACCACUAAUAGUUCCAUAUUUGGAUGGACAGAGGGUCCAGACACGAUUGAUGUGAACGCUUCUGUCGUAGCUGGCGAUGUUCUUACCACUUAUAAAACGACCCCUGCAUCUUCCAUUAAAUCAACUUCGCAACUCCUAUCCAUAGAUGGACAAGGCAGACUUACAAUAACAUCCUCAAUUCCAAACAAAACGGAUGCCCUUCAUGCAGUACUGAUUGCUGAAUCCAGCGGAGUCUCUAUUAGCAAGUGCAUCCAACUUCGAAUAAUCCGUGACCCUUCUCCACCUGCAUUUCCAAAAAAGACCAUCAAAAUGAAACUAGCUAGAGACUCACCUCUUGGAAUGCAAGUUCUGAAGGUGGAUCCUGGUGUUGAAAGUGAAUUCAAGAGCGACUGUCGAUGGUUUAGGAUAGAUGGCAAUGGAGUGGUCUCUGUUAAAGAACUAAUCGAUAAAUCGAUUGAUAGUGUCCAAUGUGCUGUAGAAGCGCAGGAUCUCAAAGGCAGAAAGGAUGUGCUCAAACUGCAACUCACAAUGGAGACUCUUGAGAAGGUAAAUCGAUUAAGUUAA